CCACCUUUUAUCGCACAACAACACUACGCAACGCGCCUUUAUCGCGCUCAAUCGCUCAUCCUUUCGCCUUAGGCAAGGAGUUUAUGUUCUCAAACACCCUCAACUCUGCUCACAACUCCUACCGCGGCAUCAAGCACACCGCCGCGCCCACUCUUAUAUCCCAGUAAUUUGCUACCUCAACCCUCGGACCCUCGCAACUCUCUCUACAUAAUGUCUCCCACUGCCCUCCACGUCAACGGUCACCACGACUCGUUUGCCCUGCCUAACGGCGCGGUCGACCAGUCCAAGGUGCACCCUAGCGCGAGGCGCGCCCCUGAGGGCGGCCUCAUCCAGGUCGACAGCGAGACCACGGUCUACGAGAACGGUGGCAUCAAGGCUCGGUUUACCGACCGGGGCGCGAACGUUGUUAAAGCCGUGGAUGGCAAGUUGAAGGUCACCAAGACCGAGAGGACUUUCGAGUUCUUCACCAAGACCAACGUCGGCCGCGUCGGCCUCCUCCUUGUGGGUAUCGGCGGUAACAACGGUACGACUGUCGUCGCCACGAACCUUGCCAACAAGCACGGCAUCUCGUGGAACACCAAGGACGGCGAGCAGCAGCCCAACUACAUUGGCUCGCUUGUCCGUGCCUCGACCGUCAGCCUCGGUACCGAUGAGGCCGGCAAGCCCGUCCAUGUCCCCAUCAGCGACAUGCUCCCCAUGGUCCACCCCAACGACUUUGUCAUUGGCGGUUGGGACAUUUCGAGCGUUCCGCUUGACAAGGCCAUGGCCCGUGGCAAGGUCCUCGACUACGACCUCCAGCGCCAGCUCUUCCCGUACAUGGAGAACAUCAAGCCCCUUCCCUCCAUCUACUACCCUGACUUCAUCGCCGCCAACCAGGCCGACCGUGCCGACAACCUGAUCCCCGGCGAUGACAAGCAGGCCCACCUCGAGCAGAUCCGCAAGGACAUUCGCGACUUCAAGGCCAAGAACGAGCUCGACAACGUUGUUGUCCUCUGGACUGCCAACACUGAGCGUUACGCCGAGCUCCUCCCUGGCGUCAACGACACUGCCGAAAACCUCCUCAAGUCGAUCAAGACUUCGCACGAGGAGGUCUCUCCUUCGACCAUCUUUGCCGUCGCCUCGAUCCUCGAGGGCUCGCCCUUCAUCAACGGCUCGCCCCAGAACACCUUUGUCCCCGGCUGCAUUGAGCUUGCCGAGUCGCACAAGGCGUUCAUUGGCGGUGACGACUUCAAGUCGGGCCAGACCAAGGUCAAGUCGGUUAUUGCCGAGUUCCUCGUCAACGCUGGUAUCAAGCCCCUCUCGAUUGCCUCGUACAACCACCUUGGCAACAACGACGGCAAGAACCUCUCGUCGCAGCGCCAGUUCCGCUCCAAGGAGAUCUCCAAGUCGUCGGUCGUUGACGACAUGGUUGCUGCCAACCCCGUUCUCUACAAGACUGCCGCCGAGCUCUCCAAGGAGUCUGGCGAGGCUGUCAAGAAGGGCGAGCACCCCGACCACAUCGUCGUCAUCAAGUACGUCCCCGCUGUCGGUGACUCGAAGCGGGCCAUCGACGAGUACUACUCGGAGCUCCUCAUGGGUGGUCGCAACGUCAUGAACAUCUUCAACGAGUGCGAGGACUCGCUCCUUGCCACUCCCCUCAUCUUCGACCUUGCGAUCCUUGCCGACCUCCUCACCCGUGUCUCGUACCGUGAGGUCCCCAAGGAGGGCCAGGCCGGCGAGUUCCAGCCUCUCUACAGCGUGCUCUCGCUCCUCAGCUACAUGCUCAAGGCUCCUCUCGUCAAGCCCGGCACCGACGUUGUCAACUCGCUCAACCGCCAGCGCCAGGGCCUCGAGCAGUUCCUCAAGGCCUGUCUCGGCCUCGAGAACCAGGGCGACCUCCUCCUUGACUCGCGCAUCUGGUAAUGGACCGGUUGUGGCUUAAUAGCUCGUGCCGUGGCUAGCUUCUCUCCCUAAUGGCUGGAAAAUACUCUUCGCUCCAUCUUUUAGAAUCGUUUCGUAUCAAGUGUUUAUGGAUGGGAUAACCACCG